AUGAUGGACGACUUUGGCAGCGAGUCGGAUAGCGACUAUACGAGCUAUUGGCGCGAUUGGUUCAUAUCUUCUCGCGGAAAUGAGUACUUCUGCGAAAUCGACGAGGACUAUCUUACAGACCGCUUCAACCUGACGGGACUGAACACGGAAGUUCAAUACUAUCAAUAUGCGCUCGAUCUCAUUACCGAUGUCUUCGAUCUCGACUGCGAUGACGAAAUGAGAGAGACAAUCGAGAAGUCGGCCCGUCACUUGUAUGGCCUCGUUCAUGCCCGGUUCAUCGUCACAACGAGGGGUCUUGCUAAGAUGCUCGAGAAGUACAAGAAGGCGGACUUUGGCAAAUGUCCACGCGUCAUGUGCCACUCCCACCCGCUCCUGCCCAUGGGUCUCUCCGACGUCCCAAACCUGAAGCCGGUCAAGCUCUACUGUGCCCGCUGCGAAGACAUCUACAACCCCAAAUCGUCGCGUCAUGCGGCCAUUGAUGGUGCAUACUUUGGCACCUCCUUCCACAAUAUCAUCUUUCAGGCCUACCCAGCCCUGAUCCCCACCAAGAGUGUCGAGCGUUACGUCCCCCGAGUGUACGGCUUCAAAGUUCACGCCUCGGCUGCGCUGAUUCGAUGGCAACACCAGAAGAAGGACGAGAUGCGCCGUCGCCUGCGGAAGAUGGAGGUGGAUAGCGGGUUCCGCGACGAUGAUGUUCUGGAUGACGAUGAUGAUGUCGAAUUUGAGGGUGUCGAUAAUCGUGCGGUGGGUGGCAACGACGGUGUUACCGUAGCUUGA